GCUAAGGACAUAGGUCCGACGCGAAAAUAAAUCUAAUAUUACAUAUUUUAAAAUAUGUAAUAUUAUGUCAUUACUUUUUAUUUAUAUGUUUCACCGCAUUGUUUAUUUAUUGAAUGUAACAUAAAAAAAUACACUUUUUUCUGUGACAUAAAUUGAUAAUACAUCCGAUGACAUCCCACGGCGCGACAUAACGUUCUGCUCUCUUUGGUUCUGCUUCUAUUUGAAUAUUUAUUUGAUUUUGAAAAUGCCAAUUAUAUAUUUUAUCAUGUUUUAAAAUAAAGGAUCGAGAAAUUUUGGCACUAAAUAGAGAUUACGAUGGCCGCAUUCGAAGCAGUGAGCAGAAUAAGGAUUCAGCCUAUGAACCGAGCAUCAUUUAUAGAUUUCAGAACUGCUAGAUUACCCUUGCAAACACCUGAAAUAGAUGAUUUUGAUCCCUCGCUACAACGUGAGCCUAAAAACCCUAUUAAAUUAUGGAUGGCGUAUUUCAAUUUGUUGCGCACGGUUUUCGGAGCUGGAGUCCUUGGUCUUCCAUUGGCUAUAAGCCAAGCUGGAAUAAUCUUGGGUCCAAUAUUGACGAUAGCCAUUGGAUUUCUGAUUGUUCACACGCAUCGAAUGUUGUUACGAUGUUUGAAUGAGGUGAGUCGUCAGCUCAAGAUCCCAUACAUAUCCUAUCGCUAUGGGUUCCGCAUUGCGCUGCUACACGGUCCGGGGAUAUGUCAGUUUUUUGGACACUUUGGCCCUGCAAUCAUAGCAACCUUUAUGAUACUGAGCCAACUCGGAAUAUGCACCGUGUUUGUUUGUUUCACUUCGGACAGUUUGCGAGAUAUCAUGGAUUGGCAGAGUUCACAAACAGCAUUGUUAGCACUCCUAUUGCCAUAUUUGCUGUUGCAAUUCUUUAUGAAAACGUUAAAAAUCGUAAGCUAUGUGUCGUUGAUGGGUAACUUGCUGAACCUUAUUGGUUUGAUUCUGGUUUUCUACCACAUAUUCGAUGACCCGCACGGCGAGUACAUUGACGCUACGACUGACGCACUGCCCGUGCUCAUGAGCAUCGGCUCAUUCCUCUUCAACUUAAGUGCCGUUGGCGUGGUCCUGUCUUUAGACAAAGCAUUACAGAACCCGAAAGUGCUGACGGAGAAAUUCGGCGUGCUCGACAUAGGCAUACUGAUACCAACGCUAGUGGCGACCAUAUUCGGCGUGUUGGGCUACUGGUCGUUCGGCACCAUGGAGGAGAAUAUCCUUAGAUCGCUGCCGUAUGAUGACGACACGGCAAUGGCGGCGAUAGGUUUGUAUCUAAUCGCAAUAGCGUUCGCGCAUCCUAUACAGUCGUAUCCGGGCAUACAGAUCAUUUUGGAGGUGAUUAAGAACAGAGAUCUACUGCAUCCGCCUUCAGAGCAGUCUAUGAAACUUGUGGAGAUGGUUGUACGGCCGUGUUUCGUGUUGGCAUCUUUUAUCAUAUGCUACCUAAUACCAUUCCAAGGGCCGUUUAUAGCUUUCGUGGGCAACCUUUGCACCACACUCCUGGCUCUUGUCUUCCCUGCGACGAUGGAGAUUUGUCUCAUGUAUCCUGGGCCGUAUGGCAAAUACAAGAUCUACCUCUACAAGAACCUGUUCAUCAUUAUCUUAGGUCUGUUCACCUGGCUGAAAAAUUUGCCAUUAUGGACUUGGGAAUGUGUAAACGAACGAUGCGCGCCGUCGCGACCGUCACCAGAAAAGAAACUGCAAUCUUUAGAGACAUGCAACAUGCUGUGCUCAUCGAUGCACAUCUGGCCGCAACCAACCGGACCAGUCAGCCUCUCCAGCACAGCGGUGCCAGUACGCGCUGACUUCUUUCAGCUACAAAUUUUAACAGCUCCCUCGAAAUCCGUCCGUGAACACCUACAAAAAGCGUUUGAGCUGUUAAAAUCUGAUUUAAAGAAAAUACAGAAAAACGCACGCGGCUUCGAGGAAUGGCGAACCGUUAACAUUCGAGUAUUUGUCAACGGAAGCUCAGAUCCUCGUAUGAGAAUCGAUACAAAUGAAAGGUAUAAACUCUUUGUCCGUCCAAAGUUCACGUCGAGGUCUAUAACUGUAGAUAUCUCAGCUCAAUCAUUCUGCGGCGCUCGGCAUGGGUUUGAAACACUGUUGCAGUUGAUUUGGCUGGAUCCAUACGCCGGGUGUUUACUAAUGCUAGAGGCCGCGGAUGUAGAAGACGCACCGCGUUUCAAAUACCGCGGAUUGUUGAUGGACACGGCGCGUAAUUAUUUCCCCAUUGGUGAUCUUAUUCGUACAAUAGACGGAAUGGCCGCUUCCAAGUUGAACACGUUUCAUUGGCAUAUAAGUGAUUCACAGGCGUUCCCGUUACGGCUAGUAAGUACCCCGCAACUGUCCGAACUUGGUGCAUACAGUAACAGUGACAUCUACACCACUAAGGAAGUUCACUCGCUAGUCCGUAGAGCAACAUUACGAGGUAUUAGAGUACUAAUAGAAGUCGAUACUCCGGCACACGUAGGCUAUGCGUGGAAUUGGGGCAGCGCUGACAUAGGCGAUCUCUUACUCUGUAUAGAUUCCGAGCCGUGGAGUGAUUUUUGUCACGAACCUCCGUGCGGACAACUAAACCCACGUAAUCCUCACGUCUACGAGAUAUUGGAGCGAAUAUACGCGGAGAUUAUUCAGCUGACGGGUGUCGACGACUUGUUCCAUCUCGGCGGCGAUGAGGUAUCCGAGCGGUGCUGGGCACAACACUUUAACUAUACCGAUCCGUUAGACCUGUGGGUGGAGUACACUCGUUCGUCCUUAGAACGACUCGAGUACGCCAACGGGAAACUACCCAACCUAACCCUUCUAUGGACCUCGCCUCUAAGUGAACGUAUUAAGACCGAUAUGAGAGAGUACAUUCGCGUUUUAGGAUUACAAGUUCGUAAUACAGCGUGGGUACAUAAGCAGAUAAUAGGCCUUCGCACGAUCUUUUCUCACGAGGAUAACUGGGACUUAAAUAACGGGAUGGGAAUGUGGCAUGAGAGCAAUGGCGGAGCGCCGUAUAACUCUUGGCAGAGGGUUUAUGAGCACAGGCCAUGGGUGAGAAGUAAUGCGGAUAUGGUUGAAGGAGGAGAGGCGACGGUGUGGUCAUCAGUUUUGUCUGAAGACGGUCUUGACGGCCAUCUGUGGCCUCGAACUGCUGCGCUAGCAGAGAGACUGUGGACAGACAGAGCUGAAGGCGCUACAAGACCCGUACACGCUCGCUUAGACGUCCACCGGUCGAGAUUGAUAGCGCGAGGAAUCAAAGCCGCUCCACUUUGGUCCCAGUGGUGCACGCAAAAUAGUUUUACAUGUGUUUAAAAUAAGACACAUUUUACACCUUUUGUUGAAACAUAUUAAAUUUAAAAAUA